AUGUCGAGGAGAAAGACAAGAGAGCCAAAGGAAGAAAAUGUUACUCUUGGCCCAACUGUCCGGGAGGGAGAGCAUGUUUUCGGAGUGGCUCACAUUUAUGCUUCAUUUAAUGAUACCUUUAUUCAUGUGACUGAUCUGUCUGGGAGGGAAACCCUGGUUCGCAUUACUGGUGGAAUGAAGGUUAAAGCUGACAGGGAUGAAUCUUCACCAUAUGCUGCUAUGCUUGCUGCACAGGAUGUUUCACAGAGAUGCAAGGAACUUGGCAUUACUGCUCUUCACAUCAAGCUCCGUGCUACAGGAGGUAACAAAACUAAGACACCUGGUCCAGGUGCUCAAUCUGCUCUGAGGGCACUGGCUCGUUCUGGAAUGAAAAUUGGUCGCAUUGAGGACGUCACACCAAUUCCUACAGACAGCACCCGCAGAAAGGGUGGCAGAAGGGGAAGAAGGCUGUAA